AUGAAGCUCGCCAAGGCCGCCGCCCAGCAGCUCAUGGGCGUGGUCAUCGAGUAUGACGUGCUGUGCAGCACACUGCUGGGCAAGUCCGCGGCGGCGCAGGCGGAGCAGACGCGCCGCAAGCUGGCGGCGGAGAAGGCGCGCCAGCAGCGCGAGGAGCGCUUCGGGUCCUUGCUCUUCGGCGCCAGGAGCAUCAAGUCGAUGCUGGUGAGCGACGUGCGCGGGCUGCUCAAGGACCUGAACGAGGACUCGACCGGCAAGCCGUGGGUGGUCAAGGAGCGGCUGCAGAACACGCUGCAGGGUCUGCCGAGCCAGAUUCUGGACAGAGUCACGGGCUCGGACGAGAAGGAGCAGGCGGCGGCGGGCAAGAGCGAGGACGAGAUUUACCUGGAGAAGCAGCUGCAGUCGGCGUCCGAGGAGCUGGCGAGGAUGAAGCAGAAGAAGGAGGAGGAGCGGCAGGAGCGAGAGCAGUGGAGCAGCAAAGGCUUCGGAGUCAAGAGCGGCUGUCAGGCCAGCUCGCUCAGGGACAAGUACCUGGACAAAAUCAACAAGCUGAAGGAGAAGAAGAAGCAGGAGAGCGCGAGCAAGACGAGCGGAUUGGAGGAGGUUGUGGGGGCGACUACCACGUCAGCUGGACUGUCCACGUGGGUCGUGAACGACGGAGCCAACGAAGUGCUGGUGCGCUACUCGGACCUGCGCGGGUUGUUCAAGGCCGUGAUCCCGCCGCGUGACCCGCUGCAAGAUGUACAGUACAAUUUCUUCCUGAAGGAGAUGGUGGGCCAAUUCGACAUGUUCCUGCCGAAGGAUGAGCAGGACAAGUUCCCCGACCCGAAGCCGAUUCUUCACAUUUGUGACGAGUUCGGCUUGAAGCCGGCCGACGUCUUGGUGCUCGCGCGACACGCACCCACCAUCAAAGCCGCCAAGGCGGCUGGAACGCACGUGUGCCACUACAUGCCCGGUGACAAGGCCAUCCCGAACCACACAGCGCACUAUCAUCUCACGCACCUGAGCGAGUUCCAGCACCUGAUCGAGGACUUCAACGGCGUGUCCUACCGCGACAAGAUCAAGAUGGGCUCCAUCGAGUUCUAA